UACUGGCCCUUUCGCGAUCGUGGAGAGUGGUCACUCGGUAAAUUUUUAGUUGAGACCAUGACACAGACAGAGAUUGAUCGUUUUCUCAAACUGUCUUGGUUCGAUGUGAAAGAUAAGCCCGCAUUCUCGAGUGCUCGAGAACUAUUGUCCUGGAUGGACCUUUUACCUCCCGGGCCGAAAUGGCAGACCACACAGUUUGAAGUCCAGGGGUACACCACUGCCGCUCCCAUUCAUCUAAUAUGGCGUGAUGGCCUUGAAGUCGUGAAGAGCCUCUUUGGAAACCCUAUUUUUGCUCAAAAUAUGUCUUUUGACCCUCUGCAUGUCUGGGAGGGUGCGCAGCGAGAAUAUGGAGAGUGGUUCACAGCAAAUCGAGCAUUCUCGACACAAGAUCAGCUGCCUGAAGGGGCGACUAUCGUGCCCAUAAUAGCUGCAUCAGACAAAACACCAGUCACAAGACAGACGGGCGGUCUGGAAAUGCACCCUCUUUUCCUCACUAUCGGCAACAUCGACUCUGACAUUCGUAUGAAGGCUACAUCCCACGCUUGGCGAUGUGUGGCGUAUAUGCCAAUCCCAAAGUUUGAAACACAUCCCGAUUAUCAUACGAUUCUGAAGUCGCGUGUCUGGCACAAGUGUGUCGACUUA